UAACUUCGUUUAGUUGCGGAGAAGUCUUCACUCUUCACAUUUACUCCCUCGUCUGUGUAUUUCAACGCCUUAACGCAAAGUGUUGUAAGAGUGAUUGCACCACUGAGACUGAUACCAUGUCUGAUUUGGUGGACAAUAGUGCAGGUUACCAAGGGGAUCAUGUGGAUGCCAAAGGGAUAGCUGGACAAGGGCUGAAAGGUCUCUCAGUGCCAAGGUUCAGUACAGAUAAUCAUGAAGUAGAUGUUAAGCCUCCGGCUGACAUGUACACAUAUAAGAUGAACUACCCCAGCCUUGGACAGUGUGUCAUCAUCAACAACAAGAACUUUGACAAGAGCACAGGAAUGAGCUUUCGCAAUGGAACAGACGUGGAUGCAGGACAUGCGAUGAAAGUGUUCUCGAGUUUGGGGUACAAAGUGAAGGUUGCCACUGACCAGACUGUGCAACAGAUACAACAGCUGCUUUACAAUGUGUCUCAAGUUGACCACAGCCAGUCGGCCUCCUUUGUGUGUGUGAUGCUGAGCCAUGGAGACGAGGGGGUGUUCUAUGGCACAGAUGGCAACGUAGAACUCAAGAAGCUCACUGGCCUCUUUAGGGGCGACCGCUGCAAAACGCUGGUGGGCAAGCCCAAACUCUUCUUUAUCCAGGCGUGCCGUGGCAAUGACCUGGAUGGUGGCAUAGAGACAGAUGCCGUUGCUGAUGACUCUCCAGAGAGGAUUCCUGUUGAGGCAGACUUUCUCUAUGCUUAUUCUACAGCCCCAGGCUACUACUCCUGGAGGAACACCCAGAAGGGCUCCUGGUUCAUGCAGGCCCUCUGUGAGAUGUUACAAAGGUACGGCAAACAGCUGGAGAUCAUGCAGAUCAUGACACGUGUCAACCACAAGGUGGCACUUGACUUCGAGUCGUUCUCCGAAAUGCCCGGCUUCUCUGCCAAAAAGCAGAUCCCUUGCAUUGUGUCUAUGUUGACCAAAGAUCUCUACUUUCCACAUUGAUUUGAUAUUUUCGUUUAGACAUUACUAUGACUUGAUUGUGUAUCCUAUGGGACCAUUUGAACUAUGUGUACAAUGUUUACUAUACUUGCUGAGCGAUUAACCAAAAUGUCUAAACAACCAAUUGACCAAUGAUUUUAAUUCCAUUUAUGCGCAUGUUCUCUAGAGAUAAACCAGAUCAAGCCCGAACUGUGAUGUAGUAGGUAGUUGUAGUUUCCAACAGGCCAAUAUUCUACAUAGUUUAGCGCAGAAAACAUGGUAAUUAACUACAGGAAUCGAACCGACCUCAAAAAGCACUAAUCGCUGAGCACUACUUCUAAAUGGAUACUCGUUCAUUUAAAUACCGGAAUUCUGUUUUGGUUAAGUCUAAAAGGGAAAGCUAAAGGUUUGAUUAGAUGAUUUACCUAAAAGGCAUGAUGUUGGACCAAAGAUAAUGCAUCUUUAAUGAGGGAAGGCAGGCAUUAAGCAACGAUUAUGCAAUAUGAGUGCUUGCUAUUGAUUUGUUGUUCCUGUAUAUGUUCUGAAUUAUCAGGUAUAAAGGGAAACACGUUUUCAGAUAACAAUAAUGUAAUAAUCAAUCACUCAGGCUUUAAAAGUUGUGAAAAAUGUGCCAUGUCUUAUUAGAAAUUAUCACUGUCUUACCUGUGGGAUGUAUUAUUAUUUUUUGCACAUUGUACAAUCAAAUAGGUUACUACAUGAAAUAUAAGCAUUAAUAAACUAGCUUUUAUCCUU